AUGGCUUCGGACCUGAUUCGUCGCCUGGCCUCCUUCCGCGUGAGCGCCGCCGAGCGGCUCAAUGCGGUGCUGUCUGCGCAGGUGAAAUCUGGCCAAUGGCAAUUGGCACGGCGCUCGCUGGCCGUUUUCGCCAGCAGCAGUGUACGCCUCGACUCCUGCAGCCUGAACGUGGCCUCGCAGAACGCGUGGCACCAGGUGCUGUGCCUGAUGUCGCGCUUCGAGAUUUGGGCGCUUCGCCGGGACACCUACUCGCUCAGCACGGCCGUGAAGUCUUGCGCGAACGCGGCUGCGUGGCAUAGGGCGUGCGGCCUCUGCAGAAAUGGCCCUGCCAGUGAGGUAGCCCAAAGUGCACUAGUCCACGCUUGCCGCAACUACUGGCGCCGGGCAGCUUUGCUUGCCGCCCCGCUGCGGCCUUUGUCCAAGAACCACCGGGCGGUGGCGAAUGCGUGCAUGGCGGCCGCCGGAAAGAGUUCUAUGUGGCAAGUGCCCCUGGGCAUUUUGACGCGGCUCACCGGUCCGAAGGCCAUCUCCUACACCCUGGCGGCAGAUUGCCGCUGGAGGAUUUCUGUGCAGCUGCUGCGCGCCAUGGGUCGUGGAUCUGUGCGCGUGGAUCGGAUCUGCUUGGGGGCGGUGCUGAAGGCGGUGGAGGAAGCAAGCGGAUGGCAAUGUUGCCUGGCCCUUUUGCAGGCUGUAGCCGCGCGGGGCGUUUUGCCAGAUGCGUCCGGCGCAGUCGCUGCGACCAGCGCGUUGGGCCAUUUCAGUCACUGGAGAUGGGCACUAGGCCACGAUGCGCAGCAGACGGUGAAUGCCAGAAUCACCGCCUGCGAGCGAGGCACCUGUUGGGCUCAGAGCCUGCGGCUGCUCCGCCAGAUGCCGGCGCUGGCAGCAAGCACUGAUGAGAUUGGCUACAACUCUGUCAUCAGUGCUUGCGCAGCUGCAAGGCGCUGGCGCCUCGCUCUGGGCCUGGCGCGCUUUGGCCCCGCCAACGUCGCCAGCCUGAGCCGUGCCGCGGAGAUCGCGGGCGAUGGCUCGCGGCUGCUGCCACGGCUGCUGCGCGCCGCGGGCAUCUCUUAUACCCUGCGCAGCCGUCUCAGCGCCGGCGCCAUGCGCAAGACUUGGGCCGAGUGGCGCGGGGCUCUCGCGCAGCUGGCCGCCACAUCUGCGCGGCGGGAAGCGCCGGAUGUGCGGCGAAGCCUCGAAGCGUGCGGCAAAGGCGGCGCGUGGCUCCAUGCCCUGCAGCUCACUUCUGCGGCCUUCGAGGCGAAACGGACGCGGAGCUGCAACGCGGUGCUCUGUGCGUUGCAGAGGACCACACGCUGCCGACAGGCCGCCGGACUGUUCGAGCGAAUGGACCAGAUGAAGAUCCUGCCCGACGGCGCAAGCUUCAGCGCGGUGCAAGCGAAUCAAUGGCAGCUGUCACUUGAGACUUGCCGGCGGAUGGCGUUGAGACGCCUAGAUUUGGACAACUUUAUGAUCAGCCGUGCUGCUCGCGCUGCCAGCUGUCCAAAGGCGUGGCUCCGGGGCUUGCAACUCGCCUUCGCCGCGCCCAGCCGGGGAUUGGCACCCUCCCCGGUCGUCCGCGCGGCCGCGGGGAAUGCGGCGGGAAGUUGGCGCCGAAGCGUGGGCGUGCUGCGGCUGGAGGACGUGGUGUCCUGGAACACAGCCACGGACGCAUGCGCCAAAGGCCUGUCCUGGGCCCAAGCCCUGCACACCACCAAGGCCAUGGAGCUGACGCGCGUGUCCCCGGACUUCUUCACCCGGUCAGCGGCGACGGCUGCGUGCACACGCAGCAGAGUGUGGCAGCAGGCCCUGACGCUUUCGCGGCUAACACGCGAGCGGGGCUCUGCCAUUGCUAUGACUUCUGUGUGCGAGUCGGUGCGCUGGCGCGUUGCCUUGGGCUUCUUGCAGCUGACGGGAGUUGCAGCGACCAGGAGGGACGUGGUGGUCAUGGGGGCUGCCCUCACUGCAUGUGGCAGGGAUGGAUUCUGGGAAGAUGCUUGCUGCUUGCUGGGCCAAAUGCAAGCAAACAAGCUCGAGCCGAAUCAAGUCUGCUACACCUCCUCUCUCAGCGGCUGUGAAGCAUCCCUCUCAUCACCAGAAUUGUGGCGCAGGGCCGUGGAGCUCGCGACCUCCCACCGCGUCGACGGCAUCCAGGGCGCGGACGCCGUGCUGGGGACGCUGCGGGCGGAGCAGUGGCGCUGGGCGCUGGAGCCGAGGGACGCGGUGGGAACCCAAAGCAGUCUUUGCCUCCUCCCCUGGUCCCGCGGCCUCGCGUUGCUCGCCGCGCUCGUGCAGCGGCGCAUCGGCGCCGCUGGCGUAGCGCCGGCGCCGGCGCGAUGCUGGCGUCGGGCGCUGACGCUGGCCACCCCUGGGCAGCUUCAGGGCCUGGUCCGCAACUGCGAGAUGGCAAGUCAACCCUUCCCAGCGAUUUCAGCAUCAGACAUUUCACCAUUUACAUCCGCGUGA